UUAUCCACUGGAAUGACUUGUCUCCAGAAACUGUCGCCAACCCUGGGAAUUUUAAAGGAGAGAUUGGACAACCAUUUGUCUGAAAUGGUAUAGAGAUUUCUGCUUGAGCAGGAGGUUGGACUAGAAGACCUCCAAGGUCCCUUCCAAUUCAGUUAUUCUGUUAAAAAGAAAGGGAGAAGUCUUCUAUCUGAGGAGAGUUCAAGAAAUGGGAGGAGAUCUGGGGUUGGUGCCAAAGUUAGACAAUUUCUGUGGAUUAAAUGAACGCAGGACCUUUUCAUCUUUUAUUGACAACAUGAUUUGCACUGUUGGUGAAUAAAUAACCCAAAGGGACAGAAAAUGCAUACUAGGAAGUAUACGAUGUAUGCAUUUAUGAGAUGGAAGGGCAAGGUUGGGUAUUCAAGCUGUCAUUCUAUGCAACCGGGCUCUGCCCACCUUGAAAAAUGAUUGGACAGACAUUCCUGGGAGCACACUCAAAAUCCUGAGCAGAUCACAUCCAUGCUAGUAAUGUUUCUGAUCUGUGAACAAACUUUUUAAAAAGAAGAAUACAUUUUUGCAUUUGAGUUUUUGACUGGCACUGCUCCGAAAGGCAAAUUACCUUCUCAAGGCAGGUCCUCCACAACUCCAUGCAGAAGGUGAUUCUCCAGUAAUGAUCAGAAACAACAUUGAAGCCUCAUGGGUAAUUAAAAAGGAGUUUUACAAGUGUUUCAGAAUUUAUGGAUGCCUUGUAUGUUGUUUUGCAAGACCUCCCGGAAACACAAUUGUAUUCCUUGAAGAAGAGAUCACUUUUCUUCUAACUUUUGUGCCUAACUCAUCAUUAUGCAGCUUCUCCUGGGGCUUUUCUUCUUCUCUGUCCUCCUGACUACAGGUAGUUCCCUACAAUGUUCAUAUUGUACUGUAGUUAAUGGAUAUUGCUCUGGUGUAAAGCAAGAGUGUCCUAAUGGGACUGAUGCCUGUACGACUUACAGUUUGCAGAGUAAAGGAGACAAACAGAUAUAUGCCAACUUUGAAACUUGCACUACAAAAAAGGAUUGUAAGAAAAUGGAAGAUCUGGUAGGGAAGACUCUCCUUGAAAACGUGGCCCCCAUACGUGGUUUCGAAGGAUUUAUAGUUAAGGAGGUGGUCUGCAGCAAAGCUCCUCCCUUAUUUGCAUCGUUCUUCCCAGCAUUCCUUGGGCUCCUCCUGAUGAAGCUUCUCUUCUAAAGCUCUUCCUUCCACCCAAGAAGUUGUCCCCUUUUCUUGGCCUGUACAUCCUCUCAAGCUGAUCAGGCAGGAUCUUUGAUAUGAUGCUUAAUCUUUUCCCAAAUAGAAACCAGUUAAGCAGACAGAAAUAUAAUCAGCACCUUGGAUUGUGUGUUUGAACUAAAAAAGAUGGUGAAAUUCAAAUAAUCUCCCCAAUAAAUAAUUGGAUUACA